AAAAAAAAAAAAAAAAAAAAAAUCAAACAACGGACCUCAAUUUUUCUCGCAUAUUCUCAUGAUUCCCCGGACCCAAAUUCCACCCACGUGAUUUAUCUGCUUCAACAGUAGUAUAAAUUUAAGGUACAAAAAUUAAUCAUUUCAUCACCGCCAUUAACGCACACCUCACAAACCUCACUUAUCUUCUGUGUACUGUUAUACAGAUAUGGCAACAGUAACAGCUUCGCAGUUCGUGUCGCAUAUAAAUGGAGGAGCAUCUUUAGUAGAUUCCAUGUCAAAUUUGUCCCAAAUUGCCCUCAAGAGCCAACCCGUCGUAACUCACAACGGAUUGCGAUCAUCACUAACCAACAGGGUCGAUAUGCUUCUUCUCAAAACCAAGAAGAACAAUGUUAAACAACAAUGGAGGACCACAGUGAAGAAAACCGAGAAUGACGUGGCGUUGUCCGGAAAUAUUAUAUGUGGGGCCGGGAUGAACUUGGUUUUCGUCGCAGCCGAGGUUGGUCCGUGGAGCAAAACUGGCGGUCUUGGUGAUGUUCUUGGCGGUUUGCCUCCAGCUAUGGCUGCAAACGGGCACAGAGUGAUGACUGUGUCGCCACGGUACGAUCAGUAUAAAGACGCAUGGGACACUUCCGUAACUGUUGAGAUAAAAGUCGGAGAUAAACUAGAGACCGUCAGAUUCUUCCACUGCUACAAGCGUGGAGUCGACCGUGUUUUUGUUGACCAUCCAAUCUUUCUUGAGAAGGUUCGUGGAAAAACAAAAUCGAUGAUUUACGGCCCUAAUGCCGGAACAGAUUACCAGGAUAACCAACUGCGUUUCAGCUUAUUGUGUCAGGCUGCUUUGGAGGCUCCGAGGGUUUUGAAUCUAACGAGCAGCAAAUACUUCUCAGGACCAUACGGUGAGGAUGUUGUCUUCGUUGCUAAUGAUUGGCACACUGCUCUGCUUCCAUGUUACCUCAAGAGUAUGUACCAAUCCCGAGGAAUCUACACCGAUGCCAAAGUUGCAUUCUGCAUACACAACAUUGCCUAUCAAGGAAGAUUCUCGUUCGCGGAUUUCAGCCUUCUUAACCUACCCGAUCAGUUCAGAAGUUCGUUCGAUUUCAUCGACGGGUACGAGAAGCCGGUGAAGGGACGUAAAAUAAACUGGAUGAAAGCCGGGAUAUUGGAAUCGACGAGCGUUGUGACUGUGAGCCCUCACUACGCGGAGGAACUCGUUUCCGGCGUCGACAAAGGAGUCGAGCUGGACAAUAUUCUACGCAAGACUUCCGUCAGUGGUAUCGUAAACGGCAUGGAUAUUCAAGAGUGGGACCCGGCUAGUGAUAAACACAUCGAUUGUAACUACGACAUCACAACUGUAACGGAUGCGAAGCCAUUGUUGAAGGAAGCACUUCAAGCACAAGUAGGUUUGCCGGUGGAUCGGGAGAUUCCCGUGAUUGGAUUUAUAGGAAGACUCGAAGAACAAAAAGGCUCGGAUAUUCUCGUCGCUGCCAUUUCUAAGUUUAUCGGGAUGGAUGUUCAGAUAAUCAUCCUCGGAACUGGGAAGAAGAGUUUCGAGAAGCAGAUUCAACAGCUCGAGUUGUUGUACCCUGAUAAAGCUAGAGGUGUGGCCAAAUUUAAUGUACCGUUGGCUCACAUGAUAACUGCUGGUGCCGAUUUUAUGUUAGUUCCAAGUCGAUUUGAACCUUGCGGUCUCAUCCAAUUACAUGCCAUGCGAUACGGAACGAUACCGAUCUGUGCUUCGACCGGUGGUCUGGUUGACACGGUGAAAGAUGGAUAUACGGGGUUCCACAUGGGAGAUUUUAAUGUCGAGUGCGCCACUGUGGACCCCACGGACGUACUAAAAAUAGCCACAACCGUUGAAAGAGCUCUCGCGGCGUACGGUACCGUUGCCUUCGAAGAAAUGAUUCAAAAUUGCAUGUCGCAAGAUCUCUCGUGGAAGGGACCGGCAAAGAAGUGGGAAUCACUGCUGCUAAGCUUGGGGGUGGCAGGCAGCGAACCCGGUAUUGAAGGCGACGAAAUUGCUCCGCUUGCAAAGGAAAAUGUCGCUACUCCUUGAAAAACGCAUCUAAGAUUUGGCUCGACAAAAUUGAAGUUUGACUUUUCAGAGGAUCGAACGAACUAGUUUGUAUAAUCGUUUUAUUAGAUUUUUAAUUAAGGAACGAACGAGCUUAUUAUUAUUACUACGCUCGUCGCUUUGAUUUUACUAUUGUCUCGGUUAAUCGACUUUGCCUCAUGUGAUCAAUAUUAGAUUCAUCUGAUCAAUUGCAUAAAAUUGUGUUAUGAAUGUGGAUUUAU